CAGUUAUUUCUGACUGCUGACUGAGCAUGCGCGGAAUCAGGACACAGCUCUGAACGGCGUACACAUUUGGGUGUAACGGGUCCAGUCGCCCUGUUGUAAAAGCUGCAGGAAUCAUGGGAGCCGUGUUCCUGCCAGCGGAUGCUGCACACUCAGUGCUGCGAAGGCUCCCGAGAGCAAACAACUUCUUGGAGGAAAUGAAACAAGGGAACAUCCAGCGUGAGUGCAGAGAGGAAAUCUGCAAUUAUGAAGAAGCCAGGGAGGCAUUUGAGAAUGACGAGAAAACAAGGCGAUUCUGGGAGGAAUAUCAACGCGAGAGCAGCCCUAGGCCUGGAGGUCUGGAGUCGAUUGCUGGUGGAGUUCAUUCCCUGUACCUGAUCUUACCACUGCUGCUGGUUUUGCUGCUCAUUGCUGCAGUUUCCAUUACAGUUUGGAGAUGUCACUCACGCAAAAGAUCUCAGCAAAGCCCUGCCAUUGGGCGUCCACAAAGAGACACAACACUGUCUGUGGUUUCAAUGGACCAAUGGGGGCGGGACUUCCAUCCUGACAUCAGUCCUCACUCAGAGAUCAGUGCUCACAGUAGCCCUGCCUACCACAGUGCUGAUCUCACACCUGGGCGGGGCAGUCGUGGUGACCCGCCCCCCUCAUAUGAGGAAGCUGUGGGCCAUACAGAGAUACACAUUGAAGCAGAACCUCCACCACAAUAUGAAGACCUCAUCAGUAACCACGGUAGCACUGUUAUCAUUGGCCAGGGAAAGUGACAUCUUCCAGGCAUAUUAUCCAGCCACAUCUAGAGCUGCAUUUUUAGGCCUCCACCAAGACAGCAAACCCUGUCAUUCCUUAUUCACUCACUUUAUAAGCCUGGAGGUUUUCGGGAUGGGAAAAUUGCUUAGGUUGUUUAUUUUUAUUACUAUUCAUAUUUUUUUUUUACACCUUCACUAAUUAUAUGAUAGCCUUGAUUUGAAAUUCCAGCUCUAGCAAAAUAGUUUGCUUCGUAACAGCCUAAUUUCAUCUAAUGCAGGUUUGUUCCAGUACUGUUUCUCAGACAUUGAGAAAUAAUGUGAAUUAAUUUAGUCACAAAAUUCACAUAUGUGAAUUAAUUUAGUCAUUUGGGCUUUCAUCAGUUUGCUUCAUUUCCAGAGAUCAACUCACGACAAAUUUAAUCAUGAUGAUGAUAAAGCACUGUUAAGGCGCGGUCACACAAACGAAAUACAGUCAUCUCAAUGGGAAUCCGCAUGAUCGACUUCCGAUGGCAAAGAAUUUCCCCUCACAGAUUUCGCAUGGAUUUCAAGUUUGGUGAACUUUGCGGUGAACUUUCGCCGCAUUGACCAAUAGAAAGUGACCUCAGAGUGGGCGGUGCUUCGUACAAAGCUACACUGAAUAUACACAAUGGACAAGGAUAUAAUUUUAGUGGCGAGUUUAUUUUCAAUGUAACUCUGGUAGAGUUAUUUUUUUGCUGAUUUCACGCACUGCAUCUGCCCACGUCAUCUUCGCCCGCAGAAUUUCACAGUGCUGCGGUGUGCGUAACCGCGCCUUUAGAAAAAUUAUAUUCACGUUUUUCCUAGUAAGCAAAAGCUAUAAAAAACAUUUCAAAAGGGAACUGGGCACCUUUUCAGGCCUUAAUUUUAAAUACCAGAUUCAGUGAACAAAAAAACAACAACCAAAAAACAUGCACAACAUUUUCAGGAACAAUUUUAAGUUGCAAAAUGCAAUGUUUACAGACAUGCUAUACUUUGUCAAUUGGAUAACAUUCUUAGGCUAUUUCUAUAUAACCUUUGUUAUUUCAAAAUGCACUGAGCUCACAACCUCAAUGAAACAUUGUUGUUAAGUUGAUUUUGAUUACUUUCUAGAUGAGGUGUGAAACACUGUGUAAGAUGUAGUUAGCAUCUUGGAAACUUCAGCCAAUGGUAAACCAUUUAACAAUGUGAAAUUAUGCUUGAGAGACAUUGUUGAAAAAAGUUGAUAACUUUUAGGAAAUCGACCAAACAAAUGUAAGCAGUUUUAUUUUAUAAUUUUAUAUGGCAUAAUGGUUGUUAAUGCUGAAUCAGCACAGGUCCAAGCUGUUUUUGCCCAGUGGGCACCAGGUCAACAUAUGUGAGGUUUUGUUGACUUGUUUUAGAAGAGCAAACUGCUCAUACCUUCUGUGGCCAAAUACAAUACUGCAAAAUACACUGUAUUGUACAAUUAAGGUUUGUUAUUGUGCCACGUUGAGUUUCUAGAUGUAGUAGUCAAGUAAAUGGGCUGUGCAUAAGUGGUCCCUUUUUGGAACAAUUUAUAUGGUCACAGCCUUGAGAAAUGCAUCCUUACUGUGGCCAAGGAUUAAGCUGGGAUAUUAAGGCAGGGAUAAAUAGGACAACCAAGACAGAUAGUCCAUGUUAGCCUCGGUCACUAUUUACUUUCAUUGCAUCUUUUUUCAUACAGUGAAAGUGACAGUGAUUUAGUGGUCUUACAGAAUUUUCAUUUUUGGGUGAAUUAUCCUUUUAAGGAGCAAGAAGCAUGUGUUUUGUUCGUUGCAAGCUGUUUGCUGACUUUCUUUUAGAUAUGUUUUUAGGGUAACCAAGUUGUGUUUUGUUUCUCUAACAACCUCCCUGAGAAUGUUAAGAAUAAGAGUUAUGACUACCUUUACCAUGCUGGUUGUAUUUGACGGAACCUUUCCCUGGUAAAUUUUAAGUAUGUUUAAGAUGCAUACCUCCCUUGCCUUCCUCAUGACAAAUGAAGAUGUUUACGUCUUUUUCUUCUUGAAAUGUAUCAGCUAGGAACCAUGUUUGGACAUUUGACCCUGGCUUUUGGGUUGGGCUUGUCUGGAACUUAACAGGAAGCGGACAACUUUUACCACUUAUUUUUUAUUCUUGGUUUCUUGUUUAGAGUGUAAUUACGACAUCAGCUCAGGCCCCAGCUAUACUUAACACUGAAACCAAGAGAAUCUCACAUUAGGAUCACAUUAUGGGAACAAGCCCUCCUACUACCCAAGAAAAUAAAAGACGAGAAAAUUUAACACUCAGUAUUAAAUGUCAGGAAAUUGUGUGUGGGUGUGUACAUGUAUGUGUGGGUGUGAGAAAAAAGAAUAUAACAAUGGAAACAGUGCAUUUGUACGUAUUCAGUAACUAUAAGUGAAAGUGCUUUUUUUUAGGGCACAAAUUGCUCUUUGUAAAGGAAUAUUAAUUGAUGUGUAAGGUGUGAUAAAUUACAUAAAAUUAUGGCAAAUGCUAUUUGGUUUAUCCUCGUGGCUUUCUACAGUUUAUAUUAUGUCAUGCUCAGCCAACAUAAAUAUGCAAUAAAUCACAUCACCAGCAAUAACAGCCUCACUUUGCUUAAAAUUGUUUGUGUUUGAAAGGUAAUGUGAAAUAUGGCUACUGUAAUUUGAAAUUCAGGCUGAUGAUGGUGCAAGUGCGGCUGACUUUGAUGGAAGACAUCUGUUGCUGGAUAUUCGCAGGCUGAUAUUUCUGUUGAGAGCAUGGGAUGGUGGUGUUUAUUGCUUAAGCCUUACUCAGAGAUAGAUAGAUAAAAGUGUAUAUAAGUGUAUUAAGAAAUUUAAUUUUUUGUAAUGACUGAGCUUGACUUUUAUUUGUAAUAAAGUUUUUUGGCCCUUA